GUUCCUAGCUACCACCAUCAUGGGCAGCUACAACCAUGAACUUCUUGCUAGCUCAACGACCGUUUCUGAUCGAUUCUUCAACCGUUGCCUUGUCCGGGAAAAGACCACAAACGAACGCAUUCAUCUCAAAGCUUCUCAGGUCGAAUCAGAUUCGUGUUCCUUCGUCGUCACUUACCAGCCGCGUCUCCAGGUUCGUAACGAGAAUCUCGACGGACACGAGAUGAAGUCCGUCAUCGAACGUCGUCUCCAUCAAGAAAUCAAACUCGAAGACAGCAUCCCAAAACUGUUUCUUGACUCCCAAGAGACAUGCGUUGAGCACGUCAUGAUCAUCUUGUCGGCGAUGCCCCUAUCGCACUCUCUCCAAGAACGUCUUGUCCGUUACAUCUCACUCGAAUCCGUUAACUUCCACAGAAGCCGCGGCGGAAGAGGAGGUUUGAUGAUAGAAGUUGACGUCAAAGUCGACGAGGAACAAUGGGUGAAGUGUGAUUGCACUUGUACAGACAAGGGUAGUACUUGUCGUCAGGUCCCGGAGACGGAUUGUCCGAUAUGCUUAAAUGAGUUAUCUGGUCCGAUGGGUCGCGUAGAGUUGUCAUGCUCCCACCACUUUCAUAGAGACUGUAUUAUGAUGUGGCUGGGAAACAACAAGUCUUGUCCUAUCUGCCGUACCAACGCCAUCGGCCAAACCGUUUCUCUCUAUUAAAUUGGGCUUGAAUAUGUGAUAAUGGGCCUUUAUCCAUUAAGCCCAUCUAUGUUGUCUGAAACCGA